AUGGACAACAACGAUGUGUCUUUAGUUGAAGAUACUCAUCACAAGUCACCGUCAAUUCAACAGACGACCAGAACGUCUCACACAACUUCAAAACUUGUUCACUCUCAUACGGUGAACCUUUCCAUGCAGCCCGGCGGGACUCAUCCCCUUGGUUCCCUUAUUCACCCAACUCCUACUCCUUCACCAACUCCUUUGUCUUCACAACAAUCACAAGCUCAACAACAAAUAAAGUUUGUAUUUGAAAGGUUUUCUUCGGGUGUAAAUACUCCCUCUUCAAUGAACACUCCUAUACCUUCUCCAAGACCGGUAAUUAGGUUAGACGAAGACGCGACUCCUGAUGUAAUGGAUAUCCGUAAAACACAUAAAACUCAACUAACCAUCAAUACAACUCAAAGUACUGAUUUCGCUAAAAAGAACCGUAAUAAACGAAAACACCGCUCAUAUAGAACUUCAUUAGAUUCUCCCGUUUCACUUAACAGAGACGAAGAUUCAAAGUCCGACUCAGAUUACGGUGACCCCAUGAUAACCGAAUACACUACAAGAAGUGAGGCAUUUUCGGUGGGUUAUUUUACUUUCAAGGAGAAAUUAGAUUAUACUGAUUACGAUAUGGAUGAUUCGGUAACACCCGUAGAAGCUUUGAAGAGACUUUUGAUGCAAUUUACAGCCAUGUCUCAUCGUCGACUUGAAUUGAUCCUGCCCGUUCUUUUAGAUAAUGACAUAGACGACCCAGAAAUUCUUUUACUAAUUGAAAACGAACAAUUCCUCCGUGAUUUACGCGGUAAAAAUGGGUCAUCUCUAAGUAUUGGCAACAUUUUGACACUUUGGCAUGGGAUUCAAGAACAUCGGAAUGGAGCUAAUGCUGACCUUAUUUCCUCUCAAUUAGCCGCACCAAAAGCAAAAAGACCAAGAUUGGAUCUUUUAGAAAGAGAUGAUCACAGAAACGUUUCUUCUUCAGGACAUGAUUCUCGUUCUCAUCAUCACCACAAUAAUAAUGUCGGUAACAUUAAACAAAGAGUAAAAGCUCCUAAAUUAAGUAUGUCCACAAUAGAGGAAGUUCAUACUCGAGUGGACUGUGUUCUAUCCGUUGUAGCGGCUGAGAAUGAACGUCGAAAACAUUUUGCGCUUUCUCGUAACAUUAACGCUCGUCCUUCAGUUAGAUUUGAGGAUUUCGUUGCCGAACUGAAAUCAUCACAUAAAAUCCCAGUGGCUUUUGGUACUUUACGAGACAUGCGGUUUGCGUAUAUGCUUAAAAAAUUGGAUAGACAACGUUAUGCUGACACUCUUACAAGAAAUAGAAGCAAUGUCACAGAAUUCUAUAGGAGCUGUCAAGAGGUUUGUGAGGAGAAUUUCAAGGACGAUGAAUUAGAGGCAGCUUUACCUUGGUUGGAACUCAAAGCAAAAAUGUAUUAUAAGUAG